GGUUAUUCUGGCAACAUCUCUCCAAAUGUAUUAGUUCUGCCAGCAAGGAGGACAAAAGGGCAGCAGGGAUAUCGGGACACCAUCACCUGAAGAUUCUCCUUCAAGUUAUGCACGUCCUAUUUUAGAGAUCGUGAUACUUAAUGCAGGACUGCAAUGACAAGUCAGAGUGGAAGUCAUGCAGAAAGAGCCAUUUCUAUGUCGUCAACACCAAAAGUGCAGGUUCAGCGCUCUGUUUCCAGAGAGACCAUCACCAUACAUUUUUCUGCUUUUGGUAAGGAAGAGGAGGAGGAAGAGGAAGAAGAAUUUGAAAAUUCUUCAACAGUACUUCAUGAAGAGGUGAAAGACCAAAGUUUUGUGCCAGAGCUUAAAGAAAAAGCAAGUGCAUGUAAACAUGGUGGCCAACUUUUAUCAGUGCCUGCUACCUCAUCAAAUUCAUCAGCAAUAUCAGCUGCAGUGACAUUUUCCAUUCCAUCUUCAGCAUCGACAAUGACCUCUUCGGAAUCGUUAGAAUUGUCAUCUGCAUCAACCACUACCGCUGCGUUGCCAUUGCCAUUACCUUCACUAUUGGGCCAACCGAUGGAUUCCACAAGUUUGUCUUCAGAGGUGAAAGCUACAGUUUCAGCCUCAGGCACUGAUACUCCAUCUCAACAUAUUGUGCCAUCUACUCUCCCAUCAUCUUCCAUGACGAGCACAAAACCAUUUGCAAGUUUGGUAAAAUCUCUUUCAACAGAAGUAGACCCAAAAGAAUCCAAUACCCCUUUAAGGACAAGGGACUUAAUGAAAACACUAGUUAAAUCACUGUCAACAGACACAUCAAAACAAGAGUCAGAAUCUGUUGCAAUUAGGACCUCUGAUUCUCGAAUAAACUUGCAUUUAUUCAAACAGUUUACUCAACCUCGAGUCACAGGAGGAGAUUCUAAGACUGCACCUUCUUCUCCAAUCACCUCUCCAUCGGAAGGUAGGUCAUUUUUCAAAGUAACUGAAGUGGAGGCAAGAAUUGAAGACACUAAAAGGCGUCUUUCAGAGGUUAUUUAUGAACCUUUUCAACUUUUAAGCAAGAUAAUUAGUGAUGAGAGUAGUAGUCUUCGUCAUAGAGCUUUAUCAUCUAGUGCAACAGAACUUUCCACUCUUAGUAGUUUAAAUGGUCAUUUGGAAAGCAACAAUAACUAUAGCAUUAAAGAGGAAGAAUGUGAUUCUGAUGAGGACUACUCAACAAAAGAUUCAAUUCUAUGUAAAAGUAGUUCCAGACUCGCUGAUGAGCCAUCAAAAGAAGGGGACAUGAAAAGCUCAUCUUUGGGGUCCGUGAAAGAAUCUUUUUUGAAGGGAUCUCCCCUAAGUUUAGAUAAAUGCUCUCUAUCUGUACUUGCCAGCAAGGAAGAAAAUGACUAUUGUGAUUUGUUUCUUGAAGCAUUUGAGAUGGAAACUGAAGAAGAGAUUGAGGAUAAACCUGUAGAGCCCUUAAUUGGAGAAGUAAUUAAGGAAGAAAGUGAAAUAUUAAAUCAAGAUGGAAAAGAUUUUGAAGUUCAAUCUGCUGAAGUUCCAUUUAAGAUUUUGUUAUUCUUUACAACGCUUGUAUAUUCCUAUUUAGUGCUGCCUCUUCCAAGUUAUUUAAAUGGACUAUUUCUAGGCAUUAGCUUUGGAUUUAUGAUGGCAAUUGGUGUUGUUUGGCUGUUAGUACCGAGAAAGCCGAGAGACUAUCAACAGUCAUCAAGAAGGAUUUAUUUUGAAUAUCCAACUACAGAACCCUUGGAUAUAAAGGAGCCAGAAAUAUUUAAGGGAUGGAUGAAUGAAAUCUACAAUUAUGAUCCUGAAACCUACCAUGCAACAUUAACACAUUCGGUCUAUAUUCGUCUUGAAGGAUCUGUACUCAGGCUUUCAAAGCCAAAUAAAAAUAUAUCUCGAAGAGCUUCAUUCAAUGAAGCCAGAACUGAAGUCACGUACAUCAGUCAGAAGAUUUAUGAUUUAUCAGAGAGCAAGGUUCAUUUAGUACCAAAAGAUCUGGCUAGGAAAAGAGUAUGGAAUAAAAAAUAUCCAAUUUGCAUUGAACUUGCCAGACAAGAUGAUUUUAUGUCAAAGGCCCAAACAGAAAGAGAAAACGUAGAAGAAAAAAUAUCUGCUGAUAAAGUUGAAACUAUGCUUGAGGAAAUGAAAAAAUCUUCUGGCUCACAAGAUUCUGCAAAGCCAAUUUGCCAGAAGGAUCAAAUUCUGUACCUUUUUGGGAGGACUGGUAGAGAAAAAGAGGAAUGGUUCAGGAAAUUCAUUUUGGCCUCAAAAUCAAAAACUGAUAUUAAACGAUCAGCAAAUCUUGGAGGAGGAGGUGCCUUGCCAGGUUUUGUGCCAUCACACAGUAGAAACAAUAGCCAAUCUGGAAUGUUGACUCAUAGUCGCAACAGCAGUAAAGGAAGCAUUGAAGAAAUUGCAUCACAUUUGAAACAGAAGGAUCUUCUACCUGGCAUACGUCAGAAAAUGCUUCUGGAUUAUGCUGUUUAUAUGGCAAAGUAUAUUCCUGAAGAAAUUUCCAGUCCUAGCUCUAGCCCUAUCCAUAGUGCAGAAGGGAGCCCCACUGCUAAGUUGCCAACCAGUCAAAAUGAGGACACAGAACAACGAGUGGCUUGGGUCAAUGCAUUGCUUGGGCGAAUCUUCUGGGACUUCUUGGGUGAAAAAUAUUGGUCUAACUUGGUAUCUCGGAAGAUCCAGAUGAAACUCAGCAAAAUUAGGCUGCCAUAUUUUAUGAAUGAGCUGACCUUGACUGAACUUGAUAUGGGAGUUGCAAUGCCAAGAAUAUGUCAAGCUUCAAAACCUUGUGUUAAUUACCAGGGACUGUGGAUUGAUCUGGAGAUUUCUUACAAUGGUUCAUUUUUAAUGACCUUGGAAACCAAGAUGAAUCUGACCAAACUGGGAAAGGAAUCUUUGGGGGAAGGAUAUAAAGUAGGCGAUAUUGGCAAAGAGGGGAACAGACCAAAAGCCUACUGCCUCGCUGAUAGUGAUGAGGAGUCCUCAAGUGCUGGAUCUUCAGAUGAAGAAGAUGCACAAGAGGUGUUAGCAGGAGACAAAGUGCUUCCAGCAGCGGCAGAAGGAUACAUGGGGGUGCAUCGACCAAGCAAGAUUAUGAGACUUGUGGAUAAAAUUACAAAGUCAAAGUAUUUUCAGAAAGCUACUGAAACAGAAUUUAUUAAGAAGAAAAUUGAAGAAGUCUCAAAUACUCCGUUACUGUUAACAGUAGAGGUUCAAGAGUGCAAAGGAACACUAGCUGUGAAUAUUCCACCACCACCUACUGACAGAAUAUGGUAUGGUUUUCGAACACCACCCCAUCUGGAGUUAAAAGCGCGUCCCAAGUUGGGAGAACGUGAAGUUACUAUAGCACAUGUAACUGACUGGAUUGAAAAGAAACUUGAACAAGAAUUCCAGAAAAUUUUUGUAAUGCCAAAUAUGGAUGAUGUGUACGUUCCAAUAAUGCAUUCAGCCAUGGAUCCACGUUCAUCCACAGUGUGGCCUUCAAGGGAGACACAGACCGAAUUUGCUGAGCGACAGUAAUGUAUGGAACUUUCGUUUACAGUAUUAUGAAGUUGCUGUUCAUGUGCUUUCAGAUGUGGCGUCUGUCUUUUGGAACCAUUUGUGCCACUAUUGUUUCCAGGAAUACUUGCGAUCUGUUGUACUCGGUAUGUGCAGUUUGCUAAGUGUGUGACAUUUUUCUGUGUUAUUGUUAAACAGCUAAUAUUGUUAUACCCUGUUAAUUUCUUGGCCAUUCCGGGAAAAUAAAAGCCUCAAUAUAUAUAGAGAGACUAUAUGUAACUGUACUUGUAAAUGACUUUUUGGCAUGAAAUGCUUCAGUUUAGUGAGGCCCUCAUGGGCCUGAGAGAAGAUUUCCAGACAUGUGAUUGUAUGGUUGCCUGAGGUAACCUUGAUGCAGCUGCAGAAAUGAUGCAUGAAUGCUUUACUGAGAUUGAGUAUUUAUAAAGUACAGUAUAAUGCAUCACAAAAAUGAUAAAGCUGGUCUGUAAUUGCUAAUUUUAUGUAAUUUCUUAUUGCUUUGUGGUGGUUAAUCAUUCGAAUUGUAUUUGCAACUGCAUCCUCUUUUUCUGAAGGAUUCUGCAGUCCAGCACACAGUUGUUAAGUAUACAGGUGUGAGAAAAAUCAGUUUUAUCCAAUUAUAUCUGGAUGACAUAAUAUCAAUUGUGUGGGAAAUUCUUUUGUCUAUAAAAUGUUAAGUGCUAAUCAAAUGCACAAUAUAAAUGGAUAUACUGCUAUUACCCUAUUCAGGAUAAUUGAAUUAUACAACCCUUUUCAACUGUUAAAAUCUUCAUCUUUAGUUCAUAUGAUCAACAAUUGGCAACCAGCUCCUGAAUUAAUCAACUUUGGUGUGGGUAUUUGUGGGAAAACACUGUAUGAAAGGCAUUGGGAUUAAUAGGUUAUUAUUUUAAAGUUUAAAAUUUUUGCAUUAUAAACUGUUGACCAUUCCUUAGAAUGUCAUAAUGCAUAAAGCAGAAAUACAUCUCUAACCCUUUAGUAAUAUCACAAAUAUAAUCCCUUAAUUCUUAAGUGAUAUAGUUAAUUAUGCUGUAAAAUAGUUGGAUGAGGCAUAUGAGCUGGUGAGCUUGAUGAGAAUUUAUUUCCCCAAAAAGAUUCUUUUACAUGACAGAGAGAUCUCAGAUCAGAGAGACGCUACUGCUUAUCAGAGACAAGUCAACCCAUAGAAUAUGAACAGGUGAUGUAAUGCUGCACCACUUCAAAGCCAUUUUCUUAGCAUUAUAUUGCAACAAUGAAUUUGCUUCAAAAGGCUGCAUGUGCUUAGUCAUUGGCUAAUAGCAGACAAUUGCAGUUGUAUCACUGUUUACUCUUAAGAAGUGGUGCUGUCUGCAAGAAAAUACUUACUAAAUGGGCAAAUGAUAAAAAGCUCUUGCAGCUUUUGUAGUGAUGGAUGGAGUUUGAAAGAAAAUUUAUCCAUUUGUCCAAACUUAAAGGCUUUCUGUUCAAAUCUUUUAACAAAUCUGAAAAUUACAACAUUUUUCUAGGAAACCAUAAGAUGUUACAGAAGCAAAUGUGACUUAAUUAAGAUGUCCAUCAAGUUUUAAAACAAGUUUUCUAUGGCUCCCACAUGUGAGCAUAUAUUUUCUCAUCGUUUUACUUGAGCCUCUUGGUUGUAGCAUUUCUACGUAGUGUUCAAAAAUUUCAUUAUUGUAUUUCAGUGCCAUUAUGUCAGUGAUUAUAAUUUGUUUUGAUUAUUUUGUAUUGUUUCAUUAUGAAUUUCUUGAGCUACUUGUAUGUCAUCCCAAUUGUAGAUUUUCAACGUGUAUAAAUUGCCAUUCACUACAUGAAGUGCAAACUGAUAAUGAAGAAUCCACCACAUGAAGGAUUUGGCAAAUCAUCUUUCAAGAUGAAGUAACUUUGAGAAACUUGACCAUUUGCAGAAUGUUGAAUUAAAACUAAGUAAUAUAUUUUAAGUGUAUAAAAUUGUAUUUUUAAUUUUGUAUAUUUGUUUUAAUUUAGAUCUGCAGAUAAAAUAUGGCUUUGUUUCAAUUGCCAAGAAUACAGUAGCUACACAGUUUUACUGUGUUCCCACAUUCUUGCUUUGCUCUAUUUACUUUAGUAGGCAAUAUUUGCCUGCUGGAAGAAAAUCUCUGCAUGUCUUGUUGUAGUUGGGCCAUUUGGGUGGUCUGAAAUCAGUGUGCAAUAAUAAAUUGAGUCCAAGGACUAAAUGCACUAUGCAUAAAUCAAAAUUAAAUAAAAUUAUAAUUAAACUGUCAUUGUACUUCACAUAAUCAAAUUAACAUUGUGAAGAACUGGCUUGCUAUGUUUUAUUUAAUAAAUUCUUCAUUCUAGCUAAAUAA